UUCGGUCAGACUUAAAAUCGAGAGAAAGAGAGGGAGAAGAAAAAGAGAGAAAAAGAGAGAAAAAGAGCUAAAAUGUAUUGUCAUCCGAGUUCCACCAUGACGCUCCGGAGGCGGGAAAGCUUCGUCUCGUCUCGGCUGUCGAACCGCAGCACGGAGCCCGAAAUCUUCACCUUCGAGCAGAUUCCCACCCAAGCCACCGCCGUGCCCUCCUUCGUGCCUAUCCGGCCCAGGAAGCGCUGCACCCGGGUCAUGUACCCCGCCAAGGUCCGCAUGCACCUCCCGCCCCCGGAGAAGAGCCCCGCCAAGCGGUGGCUGCUGCUUCUGAUUCUGGUGGUUCUGUGGCAGAUCUACACCGAGGAGCCCUGCGUCGACACGCCGCCGGGCGGCGCCCGCGGUGCGGCGGAGGACGACUCCAAUGCGGUCUCCGCCGGCCUGGUGGUUCCCGCGGCUACGAGCUCCUGCGAGGCGGACGCACCGGUGGAACCCGGGACCACGGGCGGGCAGCAGGGCGCCGGGAACAGCUACGUGGUGGCCCUGCUGGUCUACCACAGACUGGGCGCCGACAAAUAAAAGUCCGGAUGUGUUCCGUCCGAAGGAGCUGAGAGGACUCUGCGCAGCCGCGGAAGGAGCCCCGUGAGCCGGCCUGGUGUCUGCAGGCGGCCCGCUGAGCCCCCCUGAGGCCGUGGAGCCUUGAAGUGGAAAAGAACUGAAAGAACCUUGAAAGAACCUUGAAGAAACUUGAAUGGGUCAUGUAAUGACCCCCAUCCUCACUGCUGGAGAGGCCAAAUGUUUGUCUUAUUUAUUCAAUGUUAUUUGAUAUUUAUUUCUAUUAAAAAGGUCCAAAA